CCAACACCAACAAGCAAAGCAAGCAAGCUACUCGUUUCUCGGUCCUCAAUUCUGUAUGAACACCCGGGCGCUUCGUUCAACCCGAUACUUUGGCAUUAUCUACGACAGCCAGUCAGUCAGAGUCUUCAUAACAACCCUGACCCAAUGGCUUCUCUCAACCCUUCCCCAGCCUUCUGGAAACCCGCGGCCCUCCCGCUCUUCACAGGCCUCCUCGCCCUCCUCGGCGCCGCUGACGGGGUCUUCAAUCUCGUCAGGCCCGACAGCGGGGCUGCAACAUUUGGGCUCGUCCCGCCGCGCCGAGACUCGGUAACGCCCGCCCAGUUUGACGCCUUCCACCACGCCCUAGUCAAGGUCAAGGGGGCUAGGAACCUACACAUGUCCUCCUGCAUCCUGGCCCUGAUCCUCUAUGGGAAUCUCUCCGACGUCUGCCGGGCGUCGCCGAUCGCUGCCACGGCGGUUCGCCGCUGCGUCGGUAUCGUUUUGGUGCUGGGAGCCGGUGUCGGGUUCAGCGGCGCAGCCGUCCUUACAGAAUACCUGAGCAGCCCGGGGGCAUCGGCGGAAGCAGUCGAGGUUGGGAGGGCGAAGGCGAAAGCGCAUCUGAUCACCAACGUUCCCAUUGUUGCUCUCGGGCUGGUUUAUUUGUUUUAUUGAG